AGACGUUCCGAGUGUAUGUGUUCUCGGUCAUUUCCGUUCCGGAAAUCGGGAUUGUUUUGGUCACAUGAUUUCCCAAUAUGGUGGGAACUCUACUUUCACUUUAGUCAGGAAAAUGUAAGAAAACAAUCAUGUCAAGCGACAAUAACGUCGAAGAAUCGACGGAAUACUCGAAAGUAUGGAAUCAAGGAUGCCCCCAAGCCAGCGAUCGCCACUCCUCUGGGUCAGACCAGAACCUGCGCUGGAUUGGACGCCAAGGAGACUGUAUUCCUGGUGGUCAGUUUUGUAAAUAUCGUGACAGCACUGGGACUGACUCUCUAUCGCUUCAUCACCGUCAUUGACGAGGGCAAAUCGGACAGCUCUGAUUUUACAUUCGCACUGAUUCUCAUAAUAAAUGGAGUGUUCUGUAUAUUUUACGUAUUUCAUGGCCUGCUGCGAGAGAAGAAGUACGAGUUAUACGUCCUGAUACUGGCUAUUCUUGUUGUACUGGUGUACUGUGUCGUGGAGUACAUCGUCAAUGUCGACGGACGGAGCACACUCAAACUGGUGCGGAUGAUUCUAGCCAUUGUCCUGGCUCCCCCGAAUAUCGUCCUGGCCUGGUCAGUAGCCAGACACUUUGGUUAUCUAACUUUCAGAAUCGUCGGAGCAUCGGAAUACCUUCAGCAUCUAUACAAACAAGCCUCUAUUUUCUCAUCAAUGUUAAAGUUUGACAUACAAGUGACUGCAAGUUUUGUGAUUUUGGUUUUGAAAGACGGAACAAAACUUGAUGUGUUCCAGCAGGUGGCGCUGUCUGUGGGUCUGCCGUACUCCGUGUUGUGGAACAUCUUUGGUUGGUUCACUUUACGAAGAGAAUGGAAGGCUGCAGCAUGGGUCUUUGCUUUCCUGGGUCUGGCUAAGCCUACCUACUACAUCUACCAAAUCAUUCAUGAAUAUCAGAGACUGGAUGAAAAAGACACGGAUAAAGGAGAAAUCCUGGUCUACUCCACCCUAGUAGCAGGAACACUGGGUUUACUGCUGUGGAUAUUAAUUAUGAUAGAACUAAAAACUGUCUACACAAAUUUUGGGAAAGGGCUUAAAGAGAGAGCCUUUGAUGUUUUGGCGACAGAAAACACCAGCCUUCUCACGGGUAGAAGAGUACAUCGCUGACAGGCUGGACAGGGUACUUAAUGUCUGUCUCAGACAAACCCAUAACGUGGAGAUUACUGGGCAGAUGUAGAGCAUAAUUAACAAUCUACGCCAUAUUUUACUGUUUGUCAACAUGGCUGGUUCUUUUAAAAAACAUUAUUUAGUCACUAUUCUUAGUAUUCUGGGUACUUUGUAUUUUACUGUUUGUGAAUACCUUGGUAGGUCUUUUUGCAAUGCCAUAAUUUACUUACCGUUGUUAUGCGUGGUACUUUGUAUUUUUAUAUACCAGUUACCAUUGUUAUGAACUGUAAUGAAUAUAUAUUGUUGAACUAAUUAUUGAUGUGUAUUUGUUUUAAUAUAUAAGGCCAUAUUGUAAAAAUUUUUACUCUCUUAUUUGUGUACUAUCCCCGGUCAAUUUAUAAUUUAGAGUGAAGCUCUUAAAAACAGAUACUGUAAAUGUAUUACAUUUGGCUGUGUAUUCUAUUUAGCCCCUCUGCAAGAGAAAGCAACUUUCUGUAAUCCAAGUCUAAGACUCGUAUACAUUUAUGUAUUGAUAAGAACAAUCAGAAGUGUAUUUAUAUAUAAUAAACUUGUUUAGAAAGCACUUUCUGUCAAAUAUAAGAACACUUAUGUAAUGUACAUGUAUUUACACUGUAAAGCAGACAAUACACAAAAUAAAACCAUAAUGUUGUAAAAAGUACUACUGUAUAACAUUUUUUUUCCACUUUAUGGGAGAAGGAAAUAUAUUCUAAAGCAAAUGCAUGGCCCUUUAAUUAACUAUUUAGCUCACCUGAGCCGAAGGCUCAAGUGAGCUUUUCUGAUCAAAAUUUGUCCGUUGUCUGUCGUCGUUGUAGUCGUUGUCGUCGUCUUUGUUGUAAACUUUU